GAUUAUUCUUCCACUUUUUGGUGUGUUUAAAGGGCAGAUAGAGGUAACUGGAAGGAAUAAGUUUGUCCUGUUUUGCAGGGAUAAUCCUGUUCCGCCAAUUUGAGAGAAUAGAAUUCCACCGGCUCGCGCGGUGAGGCGCCAAGUGGGUGCGCUUAGAGAAAGUGGGGGCGAUGCGAGAAAUUUCUCCAGCGCGCCACCGCGGUCGAGCCUCCCUCUCGCGAAAGCACCAGCAAAAGCUCCGAAUAAUACCCUUCUUUCUUUCCUCGCAAGCUCCGUGUCCCUUCGGCCAAAGUAAUUGGCCAAUCCGUUUGCAUUUAUUCCCGAAAGAGACCACUAACCGAUGGCCCCUUGCUAUUUUCUGUGACGGGGACACAGACGCUGCUCGUCUCUCCCACUCGCAUGGCGGUUCCGAGUGUUUGGUGCCUUCUCGCUCUCCAACUCGUCGUCAUGGCCGCGGGCCCGUGCGGGGCUUCGGAGCGCGUCAUCUCCCGGAUCGCCUUCGGCUCUUGCGCGAACCAGAGCGCUCCUCAGCCCAUUUGGAAUGCCAUAAUUGAUUUUGAUCCUCAGCUUUUUAUUUGGUUGGGGGACAAUAUUUACGGAGACAACAAACGUCCGUUUAGGUUACUUGGAAAGGAAAGGACUAUUGGACCGUGGAAGAAUGUGGAGAGAUUCUUCCCAGCAACAGAGCAGGAAAUGCGGCAAAGAUACGAGAUGGCCAAGAACAACCUAGGAUAUUCUAAGCUGAGACAGAGGGCUCAGGUUAUUGGCACAUGGGAUGACCAUGAUUAUGGAUUGAAUGAUGCAGGGAAAGAAUUUAGUGGGAAAGAUACAAGCCAAAGGCUUCUUUUGGACUUCUUAGAUGAAGCCCAAGAAAGUCCUCGGCGAAAGCAAGCUGGUGUGUAUGCUUCUUACUUAUUUGGCCCCAAGGGGAAACAAGUAAAGGUUAUUCUUUUGGACACAAGAUACCACAGGGAUCCAGUGUUCAGUGAUGGAACUAUACUAGGGGAAGCUCAAUGGAGUUGGUUAGAAGCAGAAAUAAAGGGUCCUGAAUCAGAGGUUACCAUCAUUGCAUCUUCUAUUCAGGUAAUAUCAAAUCUUUCUGCAACUACUGGUCCCAUAUUCUAUAUAGAAUCUUGGGGACGUUUCCCAAAGGAGAGGCAGCGGUUAUAUAAAUUGAUAAACGACAGUAAGAGACAUGGAGUAUUCUUCGUAAGUGGUGAUAUUCACUUUGGAGAAAUUUCACGCUAUGACUGCGGUUGUCAGUAUUCACUGUAUGACAUAACCUCAAGUGGACUUACUCAAGCUGUUGAGAAGGCUGUGCCUCCACCAUUAGCUUUUGUUGUGAGAGUUAUAGCAUGGUUGACACCAAGUACAAUGAGAGUUUUUGCCCCAAUUUGUAGAUACAGAUCAUGCACAUAUGGUCGACCAAAUUUUGGGGCAAUUGAAAUAGAUUGGGAUGCAGUUCCCCAAAGGAUCAAAGCUGAAGUGAUGGAUGAGGAUGGAGAUCCAGUUAUUGGUGUAGAUUUCUUGCUCUCUGAGUUGCAUCCAAGGAGCAUGAACAUGACUUACAGAGAGAAAGGGGGAUAUCAACAACACUGCUCUCUCGAAAUUGAUCUUCCGUGGAUUCUCAGAUAUCGCCUGGCUAUUCUGUUUUUUGGAACUAUAUCUGUUCAUUUCCCUUCCUGGGUUUUAUAGAAGGAAAGCAGAAAAGCCAUACCCAACCAAUGGACGCCUGCUUCUAGUGCAUUUGGAGGUCGCAAGGGAGAGCGGUGCGUUCGCCGAGGGUGGUUGACCCCGGAGGCCGUGCAAGCAGGCGAGGCAUCUGCUGCCACCCCAGGAAUUGUCGGAUAUCUCGGCAACCCCGCUGUCUCUGAGUUCUCAAUCCAUCAAAAUGAAUUAAAUAAGGAAAGCACUCCCCAGGUAUCCAGCGAGUUGCGAGAGAGAUUUCUAGUUCAUUGGUAUCCCUCGGAUUGGAUAUCAUUUCAUUUUAUCAUCAUAUCCAAAGAAAUAACGCUCUGCAUGGACCCAUAAGAAAAUGAUGCGACUCGGUCUUUGCACGCAACCCGACAGAGUCGAGGACACAAACAGUUUUAAGAUUCAUAUACCACAGAACAUAUCGGAAGGGGGCAGUUUGGAGCAUCCAAAGAUUGCAACAGCAUAUCCAACGAGAUAGGACAAGUAGAUCAAGGUGAGUAAGGCAUCUACAAGGUAUCCAGAGUGGAAAGAAACCGCCCGCUCCGCUGCUUCAGUUCUCUUCCUGAUGAAACGUAUGUUCAAGUUGCAACCUGCCUUUGUUUCUGUCAGGAAACGAGAAAGAAACAAGGGACGGGUUUGUCCUCGGAAAGUAUUAAAGAAACAAGCCUUGUCCAGCCAGUCGGCACUUCUGGAGUCUCCUUUCCUCCAUAUUUCUCAACGAAAAAACACCAAAAUUUUUUAGUCAGAGUCUGUUAUGGAACAUGCAAAUAUAUGUAAGAUAUGUAAGAAAGCACUUUAUGCAUCAGUCCAUCAAGUUGACGGUA